AUGGUGUUGCGGAACGCCCAUGAUGAAAUUAUUUUCACAGCAUGCCGGCAGCUCUUUGCAUGUGAUAAUGGCCUUGAUGCCGAACUGGAGGCGUGCAAAGAAGGCCUCGCGCUUGCACUGGUGCGCACGACCUGCCCCAUCCAGGUGGAGUUGGACUGCUCCGAAGCAGUGGUGAUGCUACAGGCCACUGAACAGAACCGGUCGAGGCACAUGACCAUUGUGAGUGAACUUCAGGGGAUGUUAAAAGUUGAUAGGGAGAUCUCAGUUACUCUUACUAGCCGUACCAAAAAUAAAGUUAGUCAUAGUCUAGCUGCCUACCGGCAUUGUACUCCUCAGACUGCGGUGUGGUUAGGAGGAGGUAUAGAUGAAAUUGUGAACUUGUGCAAGGACGGUGAACCACCUUAA